AUGUUGCUACUGCAAUGUCGCCGAUUAAAAUAACUUUCACUAAAAAAUAUCCACACAAUUUCUUAUUUAAAUAUGUAUAAACACAACAGAGUAAAUGUGACAAUGUUAUAAAUGAAGUGUUGUAUAACUAAAAUCAAGCUUAUGCCUAAGCUCGACAUAGCUUAGUUGACUUUACUUCAUGUGAGACUGCAGAUGCCUGUCGACACUGUGACAAUCAUGGAUUUUUUUGUUGGUGUAGAUGUGGGAACAGGAAGCGUUCGAGCGGCUUUGGUUACUUCGAAUGGAAAGAUAAAGAAGCUGGCUACAUGUCCUCUUGAAAUAUUUCAUCCCGCCCCAAACUUUUAUGAACAAUCCUCUGAUAACAUUUGGAGCGCUGUGUGCCAUGUUGUCAAGUCGGUUGUUGCCGAAAUUUCCGCAGAAGACGUCAAAGGAAUUGGUUUCGAUGCUACAUGCUCAUUGGUGGCUAUAGAUAAAACAGGAUCACCUGUAACAAUCAGUCUUACAGGACAGGAAAAACAAAAUGUCAUACUAUGGAUGGAUCACAGAGCGCAUGAGGAAGCUGAUUUCAUCAAUUCUAUAGGUCAUGACAUAUUACAAUAUGUAGGUGGCAAAGUUUCUCUUGAGAUGCAAACACCAAAGAUGUUGUGGCUCAAAAAGAAUUUACCUGCUUCUUGGAACUCUGCAACACUGUUGUUUGACUUACCAGACUUUUUAACAUGGAAAGCCACUGAAUCGGAAUCGCGAUCGUUGUGUUCAUUAGUGUGUAAAUGGAACUAUAGCGCCAAUCCCAGUGGUAAGAACGAAUGGAACGAGGAGUUCUUUGAGCAACUUAAUUUACGGGACUUGAAAAAAGACAAUUGGAGAAAAAUAGGUAAUGAUGUAAGAGUACCCGGUGAUGCGAUUGAGCCCGGAUUGUCGGCGAAAGCUGCAACAGAAUUGGGAUUAUUGAAAGGUACACCGGUUGGAACAUCGCUGAUCGAUGCACACGCCGGUGGCCUCGGCAUGAUCGGUUGUUACGCGCCAGAUGUGUCUUCAAAUUUUUCCAAUCGAUUAGCUUUGAUUUGCGGUACUUCGACGUGUCACAUGAUAGUGAAUGAGAAUAAGAUAUUUGUAAACGGUGUUUGGGGCCCGUACUAUAGUGCGAUGGUGCCCGGUUUCUGGCUUAAUGAGGGGGGUCAAAGUGCUACCGGAAAGCUACUGGAUUAUGUUAUCGAUACACAUCCUGCGACGCCGGGAAUUCUGAAAACUUUAGGCGGAAAUAAACAUAUUCAACAAUAUCUAUCCGAAUUGUUGUACAUUAUGGCUGAGCAGAAAAAUCUGCACAACGUAUCUUACUUGACAAAGGAUAUACAUGUGUGGCCAGAUUUCCAUGGUAAUCGUUCGCCUCUUGCUGAUCCAACUCUGAAAGGAAUGAUAUCUGGAUUAUCCUUAUCUGUAGAUGAGGACAAGUUAGCGUUAUUAUACUUAGCAGCAGUGCAAGCACUAACGUACGGUACAAAGUAUAUAAUUGAAACGUUGACGGCUGCCGGUCAUAAUAUCGAAAGCAUAUUAGUUUGCGGUGGACUCAGUCAAAAUCCACUAUUUAUUCAAAUACAAGCCGAUGUAUUGGCGUUACCAGUACUUUGUCCUGUGGAGCGGGAAUCGGUUUUAAUAGGUUCGGCAAUUCUCGGAGCAUGUGCCACGAAAAAAUAUUCUAUGCACGAAACUAUCAAAAGAAUGGCAGGAUUGUCAAAUAUAGUAAAACCGACGAGUGAAUGUUACAAAUAUCAUCUUCGAAAGUAUCGUGUAUUUAAGAAAAUGGUUCAGGACCAACAAGACUACAGAAAGUUAAUGAGCGAAGAAUUAUAGCCUAUUUUUUUCAUCUUUUUAGCCUAAAUGAUUACAAGAAUAAGCUAUGUUCAAUGAAUGCGCGACUUGCAAAUGAGUUUGAAUGAAGAUAAAUGUUCAUUCUGCAAAUAUUGUAUUUGAUAAAUUUUUAGAAAGAAUCUCCAAUGCUACAUGCAAAUGUAGCAUGAAUGCAAAUAUAUAAAUAUUAGAAAUGGGUCUAUUAUUAUGAAAAUUUAAAAAUUAGGUUUGGAAGCAUUUGUAAAGAAAUAUCAUUUUACUGGAAAGUAUUGAUAUCGCAAAGUAUCUUUCCACUUGUAGUCAUAUGUAGCAUGUCAAAUCAAUUGAAGACACUUACUGUGAUGUUAAUGAUAAUAGCACUGCAUAUAAAUUACAUGUACUACUAUUGAUAAUUUACAAUGGUGGUA